AUGUUGUCUGAUAAUUUUCUUAUCUGUGAUUUUGUCUUAGCUAAAAAUUUUCAAAAGCACAAAAGGAUUGGCAUCUGUUCAGAUUCCCUGCUUUAUCAAAUUGUUCAAUCCCAUUGUUGAAUGUUUUAAUCACAUUCUUGUAUCUUGCACUUUUCUUUUAUUUUACAAGAAGAGGUGAACCCGUGAAUCUGUUGUGUCGGAUUAAACUAAUAUCAUUCCAUCAGGCAUUCAAUUGGGAAUCCCAUAAACAUGAUUGGUGGACUAAUUUAGAAGCGAAGGUACCGGACCUUGAAAAAUCUGGUUUUACUUCAAUCUGGUUGCCUCCUGCAACUCAAUCGUUAUCACCUGAAGGUUUGCAGAUUUCUAACUGCUAUGCCAUCUAGCUUUCUUAUUCAAAUUUCCUUUUUCCAUUGUGUUUUAGUAGGUUGAUUGUACUUCUUUUAAUAUUUUUUUGAAGGUUACCUACCCCAGAAUCUCUACUCCCUUGACUCUUCGUAUGGAUCUGAGAACCUUUUAAGGACUCUAGUACAGAAACUGCAUCACCACAACAUCAGAGCAAUGGCAGACAUAGUCAUUAAUCACCGUGUUGGGACAACGAAAGGAAAAGGUGGGGCAUACAACCGCUAUGAUGGAAUACCAUUAGCGUGGGAUGAACACGCAGUCACAUCUUGUUCUGGCGGACUUGUAAGUUCUACUGCUAAGAUUUAUUUGCUUAAAAUGUCGAAUUCGAGCUCUUUUCUAGGUUCUAAUGCAUCAAAUUCAGUCUUAUGGUAAAAUGUGCCAGACUUCUCAACCUUAUCUCUUCAACAUGAAUCUAUAUUAGUGACGAUAAUCCGAAAUUUUCUUUGUGCUGCAUCUUAUGAAAUGUUCUUCAAUACUCAAUAUAAGUCAAAGCAUAUUCAUGAGAAUCUAUAUUUUUAACCAUUAAAUCAGCUCUCAGAACAAUAAAUUAAUGCACAAAAAGCUUUUUAGGCCAUUGUGUUUGGCAUAAAUGAGGUUAUUCUAAGUAACCUGGCGGUGCCUUGAUGUGACCCAGGAUUUUUUUUCCUCUAGCUGUAGCGAUGGAAAUUAUGUAUUAUUGGAAUUAUUUAUAUGUUUAAACGGUGCAAAAUUUUCCAUGUCGAUACUUACGGUAAGAAAAUUGUCUCGAUAUUCAGUUUAUUUUAUUAACAGCAUAAAAAAUUGACAGGGUUACUACAAAUAAUAAGAAAUUAUAUGUGAGAUCUUCACCAACACAUUUGAUUCACAUUGCAGGUGUCCUCAAUUUGUGUGAGAUUUGGAUAUAUCUUAUGAGCAUAAGUAAAUAAUAUCAUCUCUAAAAGGGUUAUUAUUUUUAAUGUAGAAUUAUACAUUUAAACUUCAUGUAUCUUUUUUCAUUAAAAGUGUUGUGGGCAUCAAAAUUAUCCAUAACCCUUUCAGAUAAAAUGGACAUGUUAGGCCUCAAGUUCUGUCUUAGAACUCCCUGAUGCUUUCACUCAUCAUAUAAAGCCAUGCAAAAAAGAAAAAAAGAAAAAAAAAAAGACCAGUCCUACAACAUGAAUUCCAUUUGAUGAUUUUGUAUCAGUAAUAAAUAUGAAUAUAUAAAGAUUUAGCAAGGACCAUGACAGAAUAUGCACAGCACUGCUAACACGUUUUCUAACUCCUAUCAGCCGUUUCACGUGCAGGGGAGCCGAAGCACUGGUGACAAUUUUGACGGUGUUCCGAACAUAGACCACAGCCAAGAUUUUGUACGGACAGAUAUCAUUGAAUGGCUAAGAUGGCUUCGUAAGAACAUUGGAUUCGAUGAUUUUCGUUUCGAUUUUGCAAAAGGGUAUGCAAUAAAGAUAUUUACCUCUUUAAUUAUAUAUAUUUUUUCUUUAGGGAAGCUCGUUCAGACUUUCUUAUUCUAUACUGUGUAGAUAUUCUCCCAAGUUCGUGAAAGAAUACGUAGAACAUUCAAAGCCGAUUUUUUCAGUUGGAGAGUACUGGGAUAGCUGCAACUACAGCCAAUCUAGCCAUAGCUUGGACUGCGAUCAAGGUACUUGAAACUCCCAUCAGUCAUGCUCUCCUUUUUGGUUUUAUCAGUAAACUGAAAUUAUAUCGGGAGGGAAACUGAAACACCUGAGAAGGAACUUCUUAUUCGGCAUUAAAAAAAAAAAAAACCUUUAUAAAAGCAUUCUUUUGUUUUAAUCACAUUUUUUGAUUAACAUAAAUAGGCGAUUAUACUACAGAAAUCGCAUAUUUUUUACCACAUAUUUAGCAGGUGCUUUUUAAAAUGUGGAGACUAGGCUCUUAUUUUUUUACAGCACCUGGUCUUAUUUUUCAUUAAAGGUUCAUAGAGAUGAACUGCACAUCGCCUUUAUUUCAGCCUACAAUAUAAAUUAGUAUUUAUUCAUUGGUUUUUGUUCCCUUAUGUUUGUCUAUUUCUUUAGAAAAACUAGGAACUUAUGUCGAUAUUACCCUAAAAUCUUCUUGGCAGCAAAUUUUUUUUGGAUGUAGCAGAGACGAAAAUCCCAUAAACAUAAUGAUCAAGUGCUGGUCGGAUGGACAGCAGAGGACUACCUAUCAUUAAACAUUGCUCAAAAUAUUCAAUCCAUCGAUGUUUCGUUCUUGUAAAAUUCCUUGGGCGCUAUGUUUUUCUCUUUUUAAAUUUACUUACGAUUAAAUUAAUUUUUCAUAGACACCCAUAGACAGAGAAUUAUCAACUGGAUAGACAAGACAGGAGGACUCUGCACAGCAUUUGAUUUCACAACCAAAGGAGUUCUUCAGGUAUCACCCCUACCUGUGCCUUUCCUUCUAACCCUGAAGAACCGAUACCCCCCCCCCCCCCCUCCCUACCGGUGAGCACUCCUUCCCAAUACAGGAAGCUGUGAGAGGCGAGUUGUGGCGCCUGCGCGAUUCUCAGGGAAAGCCUCCAGGCGUGAUGGGGUGGUGGCCUUCAAGAGCUGUGACCUUCAUAGAGAACCACGACACCGGAUCAACACAGGUGGGCCCCUUUUUCAGCAUGAUCCUGAAUGGGAGCUGUUGGAUUUUUUUUUUCCUUUUAUAUUCGAACCAGUAAUAAUUAUAAAAAUGAUAUCUGUUUCAGAUAUUGUCUUUCUUUAUGUAAAUAUGAGAAUUAGCUAAUAUCAUAUUGAAAAUAUUUUUUAUUUUUUCAGAGUCAUUGGCCAUUCCCUUCCAGCCAUGUCAUGGAGGUGUGUAUUUUUGUGAAUACGGCCACAUAUUUUUGUGAUUAUAUACGCUGAUUAUUAUUGAUUGAAUAUCCUAAAAAUUAUGAUAUCUACAGGGGUAUGCUUACAUUCUAACUCAUCCGGGGAUACCCACCAUCUUCUACGACCAUUUCUAUGACUGGGGAGAUUCCCUCCAUGACCAGCUCGUGAAGCUGGUAUCCUCACUCUCUCUUAUUUAUUUAUUUAUUUAUUUAUUUAUUUAUUAAUUAUUAUUAUUAUUAUUAUUAUUAUAUUUUAUUUUAUAUCAUCCACAAUAACAUACAGUUGACAGGAAUAUAAUAAUAAAAUAUUUUCGAUGGUAAUUAUGCUUUUUUGAAAGGGGGGUGGUUUUUUUGUGAUCCUCGUCCAGGUAGACAUCCGAAGAAGUCAAGGCAUCCACAGCCGUUCGAUGAUCAAAAUCUUGGAGGCCCAGCCGAACCUCUACUCGGCGAUAAUCGACGAGAAGGUGUGCAUGAAGAUCGGGGACGGCUCUUGGUCUCCGAGCGGCAGCGAGUGGACUCUAGCCACCAGCGGCCACAGGUACGCCGUGUGGCACAAGUAA